GUAAAUCCGGUAACCUCUUGAAACGUGAAAAUGGCCCUGGUAAAUCUGGUGACCUCUUAAAACGUGUUAAUGGAAAAGGUAGUGGUUGUGGAGGUGGUGACUGUUGCGAUUGUGAUGUUUCAGAAACUAGUUGA